AUGGGACCUUUAGGAAACCCAAAAUUAAAGGCAACAUAUUGGCACAGUUCAUGCAUUGGGACUGAAUGUAUUUUGCAGGAGAAAGGGUUAAGGAUUUUACAAGCAGGGGAGCUAAGCUUCGGCAGCCACACUCAGCCUCCCUCCUCCUCCCUCCACACAGAGCCUCACACAGCCUCCCUCCCCUCCUCUCAGAGCCUCACACAGCCUGUGAACGUUCCGAGAGAUGUAACAAAUCUGUACCAGGAACCAACUUUAGCACGACACAGGCAAGAUGAGGCGAGUUGGCAAGCUGCAGGUCCAGGAGGGAACCCUGUCUGUGCUGCUUGCUCUGUUGGUACCUUGCUACUCACGGACUUACAGGGUGAGCUCCUAUGGCUGUGGACUGUAAUAAUAAGAAGAAGGAGAAUAGAAUUCUUUCUCAGCUGUAGGAUCAGAGAAGAUACCAGGAUGAGGAACGGCAGGGGGCUCCAGGAUCAGUGGGCUGAUACAGUAGCAGUGAGACCCAGGACAACCGAAAGACACAUCACUGUGCACAGAAAACUGGUGCUGGGCUUUGCCAUCUCUAUAUUGGCUCUGAUUGUGGUGACUAUCAUAGCUGUCAUGCUUAGUGUCAGGUUUGAGGAAUGUAGUGAUGGCUCAAACAGGGUCAUCAAUAGUACCCUCCUAGAGGCAGCCAGGUUCAACCAAAACCUGGACACCGGCAAGGAUGCCGGGGAUGGUCCACACCACUUGCCUGAAAAAGAUGCAGAAGAAAGCUGGAAGCCAUGGACCUUUUUGAGGCUUCCUACUCACCUGAGACCCCUACACUAUAAUCUGAUGAUCACAGCAUUCAUGGACAACUUUACUUUCUCUGGAGAAGUUAAUGUGGAGAUUGAGUGCCUGAACGCUAGCAGAUACAUUGUCCUGCAUGCGCACAGGUUAACUGUGGAGAAGGUGCAAGUGGCAGAGGACAGGGUUGCUGGGGAUGUGAAAGUUUCCAGCUAUUUUGCUUACCCUCCUAAUCAAGUGUUGGUGGUGGUUUUAAACAGAACCUUGGAUGCACAGAAAAGUUAUAAUCUAAAAAUCAUUUACAAUGCCAUCAUAGAGAAUGAGCUGCUUGGCUUCUUUCGGAGCUCCUAUGUGAUACAUGGAGAGAGAAGGUCACUAGGUGUUACCCAGUUUUCUCCUAUUCAUGCAAGAAAAGCCUUCCCUUGUUUUGAUGAACCGAUCUACAAAGCCACAUUUAAAAUAAGCAUUAGGCAUCAAACUUCUUACUUGUCUUUAUCGAAUAUGCCAGUGGAGACAUCAGUUUUUGAAGAAGGUGGAUGGGUUACAGAUCAUUUUUCACAGACUCCUCUAAUGUCGACAUAUUACCUUGCCUGGGCUGUGUGCAACUUCACCUAUCGAGAGGCUAGAACAAGGAGUGGCAUUUUAGUGAGACUGUAUGCACGCCCUGAUGCAAUCAGAAGAGGGUCUGGUGAUUAUGCCCUCAACAUCACAAAGAGACUCUUGGAAUUUUAUGAAGAUUACUUCAAAGUUCCUUAUUCCCUACCAAAACUGGAUUUACUAGCUGUGCCUAAACAUCCGUAUGCUGCUAUGGAAAACUGGGGUCUAAGUGUGUUUGUGGAGCAAAGAAUACUACUUGAUGCAAGCAUUUCUUCAAUUUCCUAUUUACUUGACGUCACUAUGGUUAUUGUGCAUGAGAUUUGCCAUCAGUGGUUUGGAGAUCUGGUGACACCGGUGUGGUGGGAAGAUGUUUGGUUAAAAGAAGGACUUGCACACUAUUUUGAAUUUGUUGGGACCGACUUCCUCUAUCCAGGAUGGCAUAUGGAAAAACAAAGAUUUUUAACUGAUGUCUUACAUGAGGUAAUGCUGCUUGAUGGAUUAGUCAGUUCUCAUCCAGUUUCCCAAGAAGUAUUGAAAGCGACAGAUAUUGACAGAGUGUUUGACUGGAUCGCAUAUAAAAAGGGGGCAGCCUUAAUUCGAAUGUUGGCUAAUUUUAUGGGCCAUAAAGUAUUUCAGAGAGGAUUACAAGAUUACUUAACAACACACAAAUAUGGAAAUGCGGCAAGAAAAGAUCUGUGGAACACACUCUCCAAGGCCAUGAAGAAUGAAGGUAAAUCUGUGAACAUCCAGGAAGUAAUGGACCAGUGGACUCUACAAAUGGGUUAUCCUGUCAUAACGAUCCUAAGGAAUGAAACUACUGAUGAUGUAAUAACAAUUACUCAGGAACACUUCUUAUAUAACAUGGAUGCAAAUAUCAGAGACCCUGAUGCCAGGAAUAAGAGUUACCUUUGGCAGAUUCCAUUAACAAUUGCAGUUGGAAAUACAAGUCACAUCUCUCCACAGACAAUUAUAUGGGUGUCUAACAAAUCAGAAUAUCACAGAAUUCCCACACUAGAGGAAAAUAAUUGGGUGCUGGGCAACAUUGAUCAGAUUGGCUACUUUAGGGUUAACUACGAUGUGAAGAACUGGAGAUUACUAAUUGACCAGCUAAUGAAGAACUCUGAGGUCAUCUCUGUCAGUAAUCGAGCAGGACUGAUCGAUGAUGCUUUCAAUUUGGCAAGAGCUGGCUAUCUGACUCAAAAUAUUCCCCUGGAGAUUUUAAGAUACCUUUCCGACGAGAAGGAUUUUCUUCCGUGGCAUGCAGCAAGCAGAGCUCUUUAUCCUCUAGAUAAAUUGCUAGACAGAACCGAGGACUACAGUAUAUUCAGUGAAUACAUAUUAAAACAAGUGGCAACAAUGUACUUUCGACUUGGAUGGCCAUCUAAUGGACACAAUGGAUCAAUAGUUCAGACUUCCUACCAGGCUGAAGAACUCAGACGGGAAGUUAUCAUGUUGGCUUGCAGUUUUGGGAACAAGCAAUGUCAUCAAAAAGCAGCAACAAUGAUCUCAGACUGGAUUUCUAGCAACAGAAACAGAAUUCCACCAAAUGUCCGAGAUAUUGUCUACUGUACUGGAGUUUCCUUAAUGGAUGAAGACGUAUGGGAAUUUAUUUGGAUGAAAUUUCAUUCUUCCACAGCUGUGUCAGAAAAGAAAAUAUUAUUGGAAGCUCUUACCUGCAGUGAUAAUAGAAAUUUGCUGAACAGGCUUCUUAACUUAUCCUUGAAUUCAGAAGUAGUUUUGGAUCAAGAUGCAAUUGAUGUUAUCAUUCAUGUGGCACGAAACCCUCACGGGCGAGAUCUAGCAUGGAAAUUCUUCAGAGACAAGUGGAAAAUUCUGAAUGCAAGAUAUGGAGAAGCAUUGUUUAUGAAUUCCAAACUUAUAAGUGGAGUAACAGAAUUUCUCAACACUGAAGAAGAGCUGAAUGAGCUUAAAAACUUUAUACAGCUCCACAAAGGAGGGUCAUCUGUAUCAUCUCUAUCCAGGGCAGUGGAAACAGUCGAUGCCAAUGUCCGAUGGCAAUUACUGUACAGAGAAGAACUAUUUCAGUGGUUAAGAAAAACCUUGAAACAUUAAACUUUGAAACAAAAGACAGUGAUUUAAUUAAUCAACGAAGACACAUUUCUUGGAAGAGACCAGAAUGCAUGCUGUAAAAUUAUUAAAUAACAGCAAAGAUGGGGCACAAUAUGCCUUUCUCUAUUUUUGCACUCGGCUCUUUUUCAAAACUGAAGAAACUUUUUCAAGAGAAGUGACUGUGAGAAGUCAUUCCAGGAAACAUUCUAUAAGAAGCGCAUGUUGAUGUUAUUGUAUAUUUUUCAAGUUCUAUUUUGUGCAUGGUCGUAAAGUGUGCUUAUAUAUCCCAGCAUGCUUUCCUUCAAUGUCCUUGUUUUGCGUUUGAACUGCCUUUACAUCAAAUAGCAGGCAUUAUGCAAAAGCACAAUGACUAAAUAUGACAAUCAUUGCAAAUGGAAGUCAAACAUGAGGAUGGAAUCAACAUACAAAAUAUUAUGUCAAGCAGAAAUUAUGACUACACACAGCUGUAAUUAUAAAAAGUAAUUCCCCAAAAUUAACGAUUUAGCAGUGAUUGAUAUUUCAAGUAUGACAAUGACAAACAUUUUGAAAGUUAAAUAAUGUAAUGUAAACAUGCAUAUUAAAUUGAUUUUUAUUGCUUUUCUACCAUGGCCAUGAAAUGCUUAGGGUGUACAGAAUGCCAAGAAAAGACAUAUAAUAUAUAAUAAAUAACCUUUUUUUUGUGUAUUUACAAACUCAUCAAACUAUGUUCUGUAUAAACAUAAUGUUGUGUCAGCACCAACAAACAAGCCCCACAAAUAUCAGCAUUUGUAUGUCUUUUAAAUAACAGAAAUAUUGUGGUUAUUAUUUUAUUUAAAUCGUUAUGUAUUUAUCAGUAUUUGUCAAGAAAUAUAUAAGACAAAUGCAAAGAUGAUAUCAGUCUAUCAGAUAUAUAUAAGAUCCUAUGGAAACAUGCUUCUCUUGAGCUAGUAUUGUUU